AAUUCUAAACGGCCGGGUUGGUCCCACAAGAGUCAUUGCAACCGCUUUUAUUUCAAGUAGUUUGUGGCGAAACCUGAAUGAGAUUGUUCUAAAAUAUAUACUCUCAAAUUUCUGCGACAGGGAAGAAAAGCCACAUUUGAAUUAUAUAGCCUUGUGCAUAUCCUUACGGUUUCCCGGAACAUCGCUUAACGCAGUCAUGGAUCCGGAGAUUCGCUACGGGCGGGCGUAUGUGCCCCGUUCAACGUAUUCGUACAUAACAACGACAAAUCUUGACCGGAAGUCAAAAAAUCGAGGUUACUCACAACCUCCGACGGACCGCGACUGGAAUCCAACCACGACAUACUGGAUGCCGAAGCGAGACUGGUAUUAUGGCGCAUACGAAGAUUUGUACGCUCCAUCAAGCAGUUUAAAGUCAAGGCUGGCGUCGAAAGAUACCAACAUCAGCCGGAAACGUUUGGUGGACGAUAUCCACUAUGAAUUGAACCGUUUUCGUCCGCCGCAUCUUGCCUCAGACGGCCAGUUUCCCAGCAGAAAAAUGCGGGAUGCUAAAGCCGAUACGUGGCAGGAUAGGCUGGACAUGUACUAUCCGGCAACUAACGGAAGACCCUAUGUGUCUGAUUACGUUAAGGAUAAUUUUUCCAACGCGCGACUGAGUCGCCGAUCGCGCUGGAACAAUGAAGCGCUGAACGAUCUGCACUACGAUUAUGACGUACUGCACCGGGGACGCUUGAACGAUCAUCCGGGCCUUCCGCGCCGAUCGCCCUACGGACCGAUCAGUGUGCAGCCCAGUUUGUAUGAGGAAGUAAAGGACUAUCUGUUUCCUUCGCAUCGUCCGCGGCCGCGGAAGCCCAUUAAAGGGCUAUCCUAUUUGGAUUCGCAUGAAGACUGGGUCAAGACGUCACCGUUCGAUUUCCAGGUGCCGGACAGAUAUUUUGGUGCUCCGUCACCGUCGACACGCAGCUAUAGCACUGGUCGUCCAAGCUCGUAUGGCUACUCGUCACCGAGCCCAGGCUAUCGAGGACGGUCGUUCAGUCCGACAAAGAAAUACAGUUACAAGACACGCGAGCCAGCAUCGGUCGACCGAACACCAACACCAGCGUACUCGGCUCCGGAACGUAAACCGUACCGCUCCGAACCGGAAGAACCAGCCAAACCCAGAACCCCGAGGGUUACAUCGUUCGCAGAAGAACCGGUUUCCGAAAGGCCGAGAGCACGUGAAUCACGGCCGACCCGAGAACCUUCUCCACCGGCACGAGAAUCACGACGUAAACCGGUGGAAGAAGAGCCAGAAGAACGACCAAGCCGACCGGAACGUGCUGCACCCCGACCAGAACCAGAAGAACCGAGCCUGGAGAAACGUCGAAUUCCUCCGCUCGAGCCACAAAAAUCGGUGGAGGGACAGAAAACUCCCAAACGCCCAUCUUUGGCCGAAGAGCCGCCAGCCACUCCCAGAUCGCCCCGCCGAUUCGCCGAUGAAGAGCCCAAAUCACCCGUGGUCAAGUCGCCUCGACGGUCAGUGACCGAUGAACCACCAGCUCCAUCGCCUCGCGCGUCCGUCAGUGAGCAGCCCUCAAAACCGUCAACUCCACGGCGGUCGCUGGCGGAAGAACCGACACCUCGCGCCUCCGUCACGUCGGCAAAAUCCCCCAAACCAUCUGUCGCCGAAGAACCAGAAGAAGAACGGGAACCCUCCCCGGCGCCCGAAGAAGAACCUGAACAAGUCUUUGAGGAACCCGAACCCGAGCCGGAACCGGAACCAGAACCGGUAGAGGAAGAACCGGUGGAAGAAGCGGAGCCUGAACCCGAACCGGAACCGGAGCCAGAAGCUGAACCCGAACCUGAACCGGAACCCGAGGAAGAGGCCCCGGCGGAAGAGGAACCAGUUGAAGAACGCGAGGCAUCGCCUGUGCAGGAAGAAGAGGUAGAGCCGGUGGAAGAAGAAGAGCAGCCCGCGGAAGCUGCCGAACCGGAGCAAACAGAGGAAGAAUUCGAAUGGCAGACUGAGGAAGAAGUCGGCGGCCGAAAGGUCACUACGACCACCACGACUAAAACAACCACAGAGACGACGUAUGAAGAGGAAGUAGUGGAGGAAUAUGAAGAAGAGGUUACAGAAGAGCGCGAGUUUAUCGAAGAAAACGGAACUGGUGACGCCCUCGAAUACGAAGAAGAGGAGGAAGAGAACAUCCCACCUGUGACAAAAAAGAAGCGAUGGAGUGAUGAAGAUAUCGGUGAUGUCAAUGGAUCCGAAGAAGCCGUAGAAGAAGAGGAAGAGUAGCUUACUUAUAACCCGAGAGAGUGCUCAUAAUUAUUAUGUCCGUGAACUUGCCAGUUAUUAUGCAUAAUUAUACCAAUACGUAACUAAUAACCGUAAUUUGCUAAAUAUUUUAGCCCUUCAGAAGCUCUACUUAACGUUUUUCGUUAAUGCGCUAUCCGAUCAUUAUAUAAUUCGAAUUGGAGCAUCAUGUUCAUGUGAGGAUACAGGUGUCCGCUGUUUUGUCUUAAACUGCAAUUUGUC